UGUUAUGUACUCGUCGACAAAUUUUUGUUAUGGACUGUUCGAGAAACUAAUAGUCCUGACACAAGAAGGCGGAAAUCAGAAGACCACUAGGUUUGCGAUAAUACUUCUAUUUUCCAAACACAAGGAGAAUGCAAAAGUGGUAUCACACCAAAGUAAGUAAGCAAGUAGGUGAGUCACACAAAUUGUGAAUGCGAAAUAUAUAUGAAUGUUCCAGACAAAGUGUGUGAACAAAUCAAUAGACAGUCUUAACAUGAAUGGCUAAUUAUAAUGAAGUAUCGAUCCAUAUAUACAUAGCGAAAUAUAGCAGACAUGUCAACAACCACCAUACAUGGAUAUAUGUCACCAAGCAAAGGACUGUCAACAAACACUCAUAUUAUAUAUAAUAUGAGGGGAAUAUACAUUGUUAAAGGAGACAGGUUCAUCAAAGUGAAAUGGUCACAGACUAAGAGAGCAAACAGAAAGAGAGAUCACCAUACACACACACAUAUAUAUGUGGAUACAUAUCAGUUGACAAGGUGUUUGAUGAUCGCACUACUUAUACAACCACAACUGCCAUGCUAUGGGAUAGUGUUCUCGAAUGUUUAUGGACAGGAUACGCGUCGAAUGACCAAUUUACCUGACACCAAAACAACAGGUGAACUGAUAUAUACAUAUAGGAGUGGUUAGAUGAAAGAUCUUGUCCUUAAGGGUUCUGCAGAUCAAUGAACGACUAGAGAACACCACUCUUAGCGUUGCUGCAAAGAAUGU